AUUAGAGUAAAACUAGUAAAAAAAAACACAUACCUAUGUCCAAGGGCACCCUAUACAUUUUUACCUUUAAAACCAUAUUCCUCCUCCAAUGAACAAUCAUAUUACAAUAGCACAAAAACAAAAAAACAAGACAUGGAUGACUCAUUCCUCCUCCAAAUUUUCAUGGCUUUUCUUCUCAUGAUCAAGAUUGCCAGUUGCCAGCAGAGCGAUUUCGUGGACAAGCGUUGCAAUCCUACAUCGAACUACACCAAAAAUGACGCCUUCUCAAAGAAUCUGAAUAGUCUUUUGAACACCAUGUUUGACCAGACCCCCAAACAAGAAGGGUUCUCGAAAGGCUCUGUUGGCUCGGUCUACGGGCUUUCCCUCUGCCGAGGAGAUGUCUCGUCCGACUAUUGUGACUUCUGCCUCUACGACGCCCGAUGCAAGAUCACCCAACGCUGCUAUAACCGAACCGCCAUCGUUUGGUACGACUACUGCAUGAUGAAAUACUCGGACCACAAAUUCUUCGGAAAAAUCGACAACGAGAAUACGGCGUUGUGGUACAACGUGGACAACGCGACCGACCCCAUCGGAUUCAAUAAGACGGUUCGGGAGUUGCUUGGCAACCUUUCCACAAAAGCUGUAAAGAAGAGUACACUAUACGCUAAGGGGCAGAAGUUCACGACUGGGGAGAAUGCAACUGUAUACGCCAUGGUCCAAUGCACCUUGGACCUCUCUACAAAAUCGUGCAAGAAAUGCCUAGUCGAGGCCAUACAUGAGCUCCCGGGUUUUACGGCCGAAACCUCCACCGUGGGGUCGAGGUACAUUGGUGGGAGUUGCAUGGCGCGGUUCGAAAUUUACAAAUUCCUCGAGGAUUAGCUGGAAAUUGACCGGAAAAUAUAAUCGGACGUUUUGGAUUUGAGUUCUAUGAAUGGGAGGAUAAUAUUAACAUAUGUGUUGUACUUUUAAUUAUGACUUUUGUCAACCUUUGAUUAAGGACAUGUACUCUCCUUUGAAUAUCCAUGAAAUAUUAGUGAAUUAUAUUGGUUAAAACGUGGACAAUUAAUGUUAAGGAGCAACUAAGGAUAAUAGUAUUGGACAGUAAAUUGAAGCGUUGUAAGAGUUUCUAAGCAAACAUUUCGAAAAAUACAAACAAUGUUGACCACUUUUUAAUAUGAUAAACGAAUAUAAAAA